CGGCUUGCGAAUACCGCACGCGUAAGGCUCGAUCGCCGCCGCCAGGUGAGCUUCUGGACGGUGAAGGAGAUCCUGAACGUGCGGAGCGUGAAGCAGCGCGCCGAGGUGCUGGGCCUCUUCAUCCGCGUGGCCAAGCGGCUGCAGGAGCUGAACAACCUGCACGCCCAGUUCGCCAUCAUCUCGGCCCUGCAGACGGCGCCCAUAUACAGGUUGCAAAAGAUGUGGGCACAUCUACCGAAGAAUUUGGUGCAGAAGUUUGACAAACAACGCGAGUUGUUUUUGGACGUGAACAACUGGGAAAAGCUUCGCGAUAAUCUAUCGCGGACGAAGCUGCCAUGCAUACCCUACUUAGGUCUGUACCUGACGGACCUCGUGUACGUGGACAUGGCACACCCGCAGUCGGGCGGCCUCGAGUCGUCGCAGCGGCGCAACCUGAUGAACAACAUCCUGCGCACCAUCUCCGAGUUCCAGCAGUCGGACUACUCGCACCUGCCGUUCAACCCGCGCGUCAGCAGCUACCUGGCCGCCAUCCGCUACAUCGACGAGCUCCAGAAGUUCAUCGACGAGGACAACUACAAACUGUCGCUGCAGCUGGAGCCGCAGACCCAGUCUCCGGCGCAGUCGAGCUCCAGUCGCGAGUCGGUGGAGGAGCGCGAGCGGCUGGGCGCCGCGCCGUCCUCGCCGGCUCGUCAGGUGGCCGCGCAGGCCCACCGGCGCGCCUGCAGCCUCGGCGUCAAGGACGGCGAGUGUGACGAGCUGGUGAUGGAGGCUGGCGCCGUCUGCACGCUGCAGGGCUGCCUGCGCCGCAAGACGCUGCUCAAGUCGGGCCGCCGCCCGCCCGUGGCCACCUGGCAACGCUACUGGGUCCAGCUGUGGGCCGACAGUCUCGUCUACUUCAGCUGCAAAAAAAUCAAGUGCACGGAGCGGAGCGACUUCAAAUCAGAGCCGAGCAAGAUGCACACGAUCCGCCACUGGUCCGUGCACGUGGACGACGUGUCGUGGCUGAAGGACACCUUCAUCCUGCAGAACCCCGCCUCAGGUGACAUGUACAAAUUCCGCGCGUCUAGUCAGGGCAAGGCCGAGGAGUGGGUGAAGCAGCUGCACGACGCGGCCAUCGGACUGCGCGCGCAGCCCCUGCCGGCCAACCUCAUCAGCUUCGAAUGACACCGGGCGAGGGGUGCCCCUGCGAUCGGCGGUGCCGAAGAGGCGAGGGGUAUCCCCGCGGCCGGUGUUGCCGAACGGGCGAGGGGUACCCCCGAGGCUGGCGGUGCCGAAGAGGCGAGGGUUGCCCCCGAGGCCGGUGGUGCCGAAUUAGUGAGGGGUGCCCCCGAGGCUGGCGGUACCGAAGGAGCGAGGGGUGGCCCCGAAGCCGGCGGUGCCGAAGGAGCGAGGGGUGGCCCCGAGGCUGGCGGUGCCGAAGGAGCGAGGGGUGGCCCCGAGGCUGGUGGUGCCGAACGGGCGAGGGGUGUCCCCGAAGCCGGCGGUACCGAAGGGACGAGAGGCCCCCGAAGCCAGCGGUGCCGAAGGGUUCACAGC